CCUUAUGUGAACGAACUCUCUCUGAUUCCAGUGCUGUGGCAAUUGGGACGUGUCUAUCGGCGCGCGAGGAUCCUCCUUGGCAGCGAGUGUGCAGUGCGUGUCGUGCACGCGCGUGAGCACCCAAAGGGUUAAGGCACUUUCACAUCCAGCAAAAUCUCACUGUCAGCUGAAGUCUGAGGGAUUAAUUUGAUUUGAUCUUCUUAAAUCUACAUCUUUUGGAAGGAUCACUGUUGUGAUAAGGACAUAAGGACAUCUUAGUGACAACGCCACUGCUUAUUAUUUACAAAAGUGUAAGUCUUCAUCAGAAUGGAGAUGCUUCGAAGAUCUUCAGUUUUUGCAGCAGAGAUGAUGGAGGCAUUUGAACGGUCACCGGUUGACAAGGAACUUAUUUCCCAAUCAAAGGCAUUGUGCCAAGACUAUAUAAACUCCAGGCUUAACAAAGCAGGACUUGGCUGGUCCAAGUCAGAACACGGGCUGUCUGGAGGGUCGCUCAGGGAGGUCUCCUCAGUUCUUUUGUGGCUAUGUGAUGAGCUGGAAUAUCUUCGGCCAAAUGUCUACCGCAAUGUAGCUCGUCAGCUCAACAUUAAUGCAACCUUGGAGAAUGUUGUUUCGGAUGCAUUUCUUGCUGUAGCAGGAGAGAUGUUUGCAACAGGUAUCACAUGGGGAAAAGUGGUCUCUCUCUAUGCUGUGGCAGGUGGACUUGCUGUGGACUGUGUGCGACACGGUCAGCCAGCUAUUGUGCACACUAUUGUGGACUGCCUGGGGGAGUUUGUGAGAAAGACACUUUGCCCAUGGCUGAAGAAGCGUGGAGGCUGGGCAGAUAUCAAGCAAUGCGUAGUCAACAACGACCCCAGUUUCCAGUCCCACUGGUUAGUGUCCACGGUAUAUACCUGUGGGCACUUUGUGAAGGCACUGGUGCUCUACCUCCUCCGAGAACGCUGAAUCCCAGCACUAAAGAAGCAGUGCUUUCCUGUGUGGAAGGAAAAUUCAUCAGCCAGAGGCUUUUGGAACAAAUGCAGACUGAGAAGCUCUGAUCUGUCACUGGGAUCAUAAAAGGAAAACAUUAAUAGCUGAAGACAUUCAGACUGUUCAAAAAGCUCUUGAUGACUCCAGGAAACCUUCAAAUGUUGUUUGGGAUUAUUCUAACCUUUAAAAGCAAUUAUUGAUUGCACUGAGACAUUUGACCAGUCCUUUUUUACUUUAGUGCACUCAAAAUGCCACUAAGUUAAGCUUUGCACUUAGUGCAUGAAGUUUCACAGAAGCUUCCAGGAGAACGUAGGGUGAAAUGACACCUUUUACUGGCUAACUAAAUAGAUUACAAAUGCAAGCUUUUCGAGGCAGCUAAGGCUCCUUCAUCAGGCAAGCUUCCAGUAAUGACCAAAACACAGUACAACAUAACAUCUACCUUAUAAUUCACACGGUUUUGUUUAGCUCAGAAAAAUGAGUUUACAUAUUGCCAAAGAAACCAUACAUUUAUGUUUGUUUUACUUCUUUUAUACAUAUGCUGUCAAUUUCUGCUUAAUAGAUACAUUUGGUAGCAUUUAAUUAAACAGUUAUAGAGAAAUAAUUUAAUUCAAAUUUUUUUAUACAUUGAUGCAAUUUUAUUAUUUAAUUUUUAAAAAUUGCCAAUUUGUUAUAUUUGAUGCUAACAACGAAAUAGAUAUUACCCAGUACAAAUUCUACCUCUCCCAUAUUAAUAUAAUUUUGCGCCAAGCAUUUAGAAAUGCAUAAUUCCAGAGACAAACAAAAUUCCCUUUAUAACCCUGGAAUUAUAAUGAGAAAAACAAGUUCAGAAAAAGAAAUGUAAAAAUGCCCUUUGUAUGCUGGCACGUUUGUGACACUCUGUGGCAAAACCUGGGAACUACAUAAAGUCAAACUAGUGCCAAAUGUCAAGGUGCUGAACCAAUUAUCUUUCUAACAGUAUACUUACUGUAUGAUCACACAGUGGUUACUGGUGCACUCUCACAGCUCUGGGGUGUUGGGUGAGAAUCAUGGCUCCAUAUCUGGAUGGUUAUUUCCUUCCAGUUACCACAAGCUAAACUGAGCCAGCACGAGUCAGUGUUGGUUUUUGGCAAGUGUGCCCUGUCAUACUGUAAACUGGUUAACAAUGUUUUGCCAGAUGUUGCUCGGAUAGGCAGUGGCACCUCACAACUCUGUGACUGAGUUAGAAAAUGGAUGGAUGUUGCUGUUAUUGUAAACAGAAAUGAAAAGCUCUGGUGUACAGUAUUUUAUAGAA